GCGUUUCGUUGGCCGCACAUUCCGGUAUUUGCUGUGGGGGCUAGAUCCUCCCUACUUUGAUUUUCUUGGAAUCAAUUUCUCGUGGUUAAAUUCAAUCAUUUUCUUUUUCCCUCAAUGAGUUGAUGGUUCAUAUGCUGCACUUUACAACUGUUGGAUUUGUCUGUCAAUAUCCCGAAGCCAAGCAAACGCCGCCGAAGCUAGUUUUUAAAGAAAACUAAAAGUAGACCAGCCCUACGGAAACUUAGCAAAACAUCAAGAUUCCGUACAGUAAGGAUCUACAUCUGGUUAAUUAAUUCGGGCAGCUCUGGGUUUAAAUCGUGAUGGCGGCAACCCCAACCUCGCCCACGCCUCAACCCCCACUGCCGAGAUCAGUAGCCCCGUCAUAUCGCACCCAGGAGGAGAGGAAGGAAAUCCCAACAACCACGGCCGAAGCGACUCUCCCACUACACAACGGCGAUGUCGAAUCCAUCCACAGCCCAGGCCACAACAGCGACAUGUUCCGCGCAGAGCGGCACAACAUCGGCAGCAGCAACAGCAAGAACUACAGGACCAACAGCGUCACAACUUGAAACGCAGUCGCACCCUUCCGCCGUUCAUCCGCCCCGAGGGCGAAAGCGGGCGGAAUGGUUUCUCGCCGCUGCACUUCCUCCGCAUCUGCUUUCGGUCGUCCAGCGCAGUCUCGUGUGCCGUCAACGUGCUGUGGCCCGUUGUGCCCGCAGCUCUCGUGGUUCGCUAUUCACAACCAGACUGGCACUUGACAAUAUUUGCGCUAUCGUACAUAGCGAUGGUGCCUUGUGCCAACUUGGUCGGGUUUGCUGGGCAAGAGCUGGCGAGGAAAGUUGCGCAUGUUUAUGGUGUCUUGGUCGAAACCACCUUCGGCUCCAUUGUCGAGAUCAUCCUGUUCAUCGUCCUGUUGGUGAACGGCAGCUUGACGCCCGUCAUUCAGGCUGCCAUCCUGGGCUCCGUUCUCGCCACGAUGCUGCUAUGUCUAGGCCUGUGCUUCAUAGCUGGUGGUAUUAGGCGAGAAGAGACGGAGCAUAACGAAGCUAUCAGCGAAGCAGGUAGUGGACUCUUGUUGACGGCAGGGGUCGGCCUUGCUAUCCCAGCAAUAUUCCAAAAGGCCCUGAAAGGAUCGGAUCUCUUGACAUCCCAAGAGCUUUCCGAGCGAACCUUGAGUUUGUCGCGCGCCACAGCCAUCUUGUUGAUCCUUGCGUACGUUGUGUUUGUCUGGUUCCAGGCCAAGACCCACCACGGAAUAUACGAUGCCAUAUUUGAGCAGGACGAUCAACGAGAUACGGACCGGCGGCGUGAUAUGUCCAAGGAAAAACUGACCUUGCUCGAAUGCGCCCUUGCCCUUGCCGUUUCCCUUGCGCUGGUGACAAUUAUCGCCAUCACCCUCGUCGAGGAAAUCGACUUCAUGGUGCUGGAACGCGGCAUUUCGGAAGCUUUCAUGGGCCUGAUUCUCGUCCCGCUCGUGGAGAAGGCGGCCGAGCACCUCACGGCCAUCGACGAGGCUUGGGACAACCAGAUGAACUUUGCCCUGUCCCACGUUCUGGGCGCGACUUUGCAGACCGCGCUGUUCAACGGGCCUUUGGUGGUGAUCGUCGGCUGGAUCCUGAACAAGCCGAUGGCGCUGGAUUUUCACAUCUUUGAUAUUGCCGUGUUGUUGCUGGCCAUCAUCACUGUGGGUGGCUUUCUCAGAGACGGCAAGACCAACUACCUCGAGGGAUCUCUCUGCGUUAUCGUUUACAUAGCCAUCGCGGCAGCGGCGUAUCAUUACCCGAAUCCAGCUCAUCUUUCUGGCGGCAGCACAGGGGCGCACUGAGACGUCAUUUCAGAGAUGAUAUUUGCGGGUCGGUGUUGGUUGCGAAUCGGGCAAUGAUGGUUCAUAAUGAGAUAGAAUGAAAGAUACAUUUCUGCCAGCGGCAUAGCAAUUUCAUGCGAUACUUCUCUUGACGUUUCCGCUGUUGUUAAUUUCCUGAAUUUUCCUUGGUUCUUGUCGACUCGCCGGCGUGAUUUUGGUGCAUUAUGUUUCCAACUUUUCCUCUAUUGUUGCUUGUUUGUU